AGAUCUCCCUAUCUUGGCCAUCAAUUCCUGCAGGAAUUGAAUAUAACAUCAUCCGGGUACCCAUGGCCAGCUGUGACUUCUCCAUCCGUGUCUACACCUAUGCUGACACCCCUAAUGACUUCCAGUUAUCCAACUUCAGCCUCCCAGAAGAAGACACCAAGCUCAAGAUACCCCUGAUUCACCAAGCCCUGAAGAUGUCCCCACGCCCCAUUUCACUCUUAGCCAGUCCCUGGACAUCACCCACGUGGCUCAAGACCAAUGGAAAAGUGAAUGGGAAGGGGACCCUCAAGGGUCAACCAGGGGAUAUCUUUCACCAGACCUGGGCCAAUUACUUUGUCAAGUUUCUGGAUGCUUAUGCUAAGUACAGCCUAAGAUUCUGGGCAGUGACAGUGGAGAAUGAACCUACUGCAGGGCUCUUCACGGGGUACCCCUUCCAGUGCCUGGGCUUCACUCCUGAACACCAGAGAGACUUCAUUUCCCGUGACCUAGGGCCAGCCCUUACCAACAGUUCCCAUGAUGUGAAGCUAUUGAUGCUAGAUGAUCAGCGGUUGCUGCUACCCCGCUGGGCAGAGGUGGUGCUCUCUGAUCCAGAGGCAGCUAAGUACGUUCACGGCAUUGCUGUUCACUGGUAUAUGGAUUUCCUGGCUCCAGCCAAAGCUACUUUAGGAGAGACACACCGUUUGUUCCCCAACACAAUGCUCUUUGCUUCAGAGGCUUGCGUGGGCUCCAAGUUCUGGGAACAGAGCGUUCGGUUGGGCUCCUGGGAUCGUGGGAUGCAGUACAGUCACAGCAUCAUUACGAACCUCCUUUACCACGUAACUGGAUGGACCGAUUGGAACCUUGCCCUGAAUCCUGAAGGAGGGCCCAACUGGGUCCGCAACUUUGUCGAUAGCCCCAUUAUUGUUGACAUCCCCAAAGACACAUUUUACAAGCAGCCCAUGUUCUACCAUCUUGGCCACUUCAGCAAGUUCAUUCCUGAGGGGUCCCAGAGAGUGGCGUUGGUGGCCAGUGAGAGCACUGACUUGGAAACAGUAGCACUGUUACGCCCUGAUGGCUCUGCAGUUGUGGUCGUGUUAAACCGAUCCUCCAAGGAUGUCCCUCUUACCAUCAGUGAUCCUGACCUGGGCUUCCUGGAGACCGUCUCACCUGGCUACUCCAUUCACACUUACCUGUGGCGUCGCCAGUGAUGGAACCGACACCUGAGCAGGCACCUGGGCUUAGUAUGGACAUUAAAGGGAAAGAGUUC